AUGGAGUCUUCGCAACGGCGCUAUUUGGUUGAAAAUAUAGAAGAUGAAAUCGAACAAUGGUGUAGCCUCGAGUAUGAGCAUAUUUGCCAAGUUGUCGGAGAAGACCGCGUCGUCUUCACAAAUAUCCUGAACAGUGAUAUUCCGGAAGUCAGGAAGAAGUACAAGGCGAAGUUUAUGACAGACUCCAUUGGCCAACUAAAGGAGGAUUUAGCGUGGGAAAAGGCAGUUCUACUGGAUAUGGACGCCGAACAGACGCUGGCGCCUGGGGAUGCAAAGGACUUUGAGCUCUGCGUGUUUGGAGGCAUUCUGGGCAAUGUUCCUUCGGACGAUAGAACUGCAGAGGUCCGGAAACAUGACCUCCGGCAUGCCCGCAACCUGGGACCAGAGCAGAUGACGACGAAUACAGCAGUUUUAGUGACGAAAAUAGUUUUGGAAGAUCAGGUUCCCCUCUCUGAUAUUCCAUUCGUUGACGAUCCCGAAAUACCCGUGGAUGACAAAGGCUGCGAGACCGUGUCACUCCCGUUCCGCUACGUAUCCAAGAGCUACUACACCAAGCAAGACGCCGACAGAGAUACGCCUGUUCUUCCGGAAGGCAUGCUUGAUUAUCUGAAAGAGUCUGGCAGCUUCAGUCUUGAGUUUGUGUUCCCGCAACGGGGCAAAUUUAGUGACCUACUGACUGAAACGAUGCGACAACUAUGGAGUUUCAGCCUGUAUGGGGCUGUAGUCGCGGUGUGCUGCGGCCGUGUGAACGCGUUCAGGGCGGGCUCUCGUCUGCUACUAAAUCCGGUUCCGACUGCCGGGCCGAUUCAAAGAGAUGUGUGGGGGCGUCCAGUAAAGAUAGCGGAGCCACGCUAUCAGUGGAAUGUAGCAGCAGGCCAAACUGUGAAUGAUCCGGUGUUUGGCUCUCUGUCGGGAACGCCCGGUAUACCCCUGGCAGGGUCGACGGGACCGAACCUCCUCUAUGGCCAGACAACGACACUCAGCGGCCGGUCGCUUGCACCUGCGCCACCACCACCGACUGCGCUGUCUCCAGCAGGAGAAACUCCAGGUUUGUGCAGACCUUUUGUCGUCCAGGAUUACUGUCGGUCUGUCUCAACAGCCACUGCUCAGUUGUCGGCGGCACCGCACAAGGAGCAGCCACAGCCUCCGCCUCGCAACUGUAUGCGGCGCCACAGCCGCCACCUCUCACGACGGUCGCAGGGGCCGUGCCAAUCGUCUCUAGCAUACCUGUAG